AUGAGAUCCAGGCAGUAUCAGGUAAUACUGGCCGCAGCCAUCGUUGCUUUUGGGCUGUGGUUCCUGAUGGUGCGGCUACACCCAAUUGAUAGCAACUGGCUGCAUAAUGGCAAGGUGACUAUUCUGGAUGGGACCAAGAGCCCAGAAUCGAAUCAACAACCAGCACCGGUGGCCGAGAAACCAGAUGAAAAACCAAUUGCGGUACCUGCGGGAGAGUGGGAUGCUUCGUGGAAGAACAAAGAAGCUUGGUUCAAGUGGUUGAAGUCAUCCCCCACGCUGACAGAUGAAUCGACACUACCGACAACUCACAUUUCGCAUGAGGACGUCAGCAAAUAUGUGAAUUCGAUUCUCGACUUUGAGGACAACGCAACAUUCGAGCGCUUGGAGUGUCCAUCGAAAAUCCCAUCCCGAUACAAUCCAAUGCGGGCUGCUGCCGGAAGCAGUGACCAGGUGAAAUAUUUCUUCGCCUUGGAUUUGUAUCAAUCAGCCGCGAUUAUUCCGCGCUUGAUGAGCAGUAUCAUCGAAGCGAUACGUUUUCUGGGGCCAGAACACUGUGCCAUUUCGGUUGUUGAAGGCCGAUCUGAGGACGGUACUUACGAAAUCCUGGCUACUUUAAAAUCACGGGUCGAAGCCAUGGGCGGCCGCUUCUUCCUUUCGACAAGCGAUAUCAAUCCCCUGGGAGGGGAUUAUGACCGUAUUGAAGCUCUCGCAACGUUACGGAACAUGGCUCUUCAUCCGCUGAAAGCACGAGGCCCUUCGAAUUGGAAUGAUAAGAUCGAGGGAAUAUACUCGUCGGACGCAAUCAUUAUCUUCAUCAACGAUAUCGCGCUAUGUCCUGAGGACAUUCUGGAGUUAGUCUUCCAGCAUGUUGGUCAGGACGCACAUAUGACCUGCAGCUUUGAUUGGAUCUACAACGGCUCUUUGUUCUAUGAUGUGUGGGUAUCACGUUCGCUGGUCGGUGAUACGUUCUUUGAGAUUCCACAUGACGCCUCGUGGGCUUAUAGCAAGGAUAUGUUCUGGAACGAUCCAAUCGGCAAGCAGCGAUAUGAAGCAUAUCAGCCAUUCCAGGUAUAUUCGUGCUGGGGAGGCAUGGUCACGCUGGAUGCAGCUCCAUUUGCUGAAGACAAGGUCAAGUUCCGCGCUUCAAAACCUGGGGAGUGCUACAUGGGCGAGCCCACACUUCUGGCAAAGGAUAUGUACCGCCAUGGCCUUGGAAAGGUUCUCGCUGUGCCUGCCGUCAAUGUCGCUUACUCCGACAAGGAGGCCGUUGGCACGAAAUUGACCCGUGGCUAUGUCGGAGACCAUGUUGACCAGUCUAAAUCAUCUCUGGGCCAGGACGAGCUCGUCUCGUGGAAGUCUGCACCGCCUGGGAUGGUGAAGUGUCUUCCCAACUUUGAUCAGCCGAGCUGGGUUGAUCCCGUGUGA